AACUCACACAGCAUGUUUUUGUGUAGUCAGGAAGUGAAAGCCAUACUCAGAUACAGGAAACAUAUUUUACAUUCUGGCAGUCUUUUCACUCUGACUUAUAGUCGCUCCACAGUCACUUCCCUUUUUGACAACAUGGACGGCUCAAACACAAGGAGAAUUGUGAUCUUGGGAAAAACUGGAUCUGGGAAAAGCAGCCUGGCUAACACCAUAUUUGGAGAGGAACUGUUCACGAUCAGCCACACUUUCAACUCUGAAACAAGAGAAUGUCAAGCAGAAACCAAAUCUGUGAAUGGAAGAAGCAUCACUUUGAUCGACACUCCUGCUUUCUUCGACACAGAGAGAUCUGAGGAGGAGAUGAAGCCUGAGAUAGUGAGGUGUAUCACAGAGUGCGCUCCUGGGCCUCAUGCUUUCCUCAUUGUGAUUAAAGUGGAGAAAUUCAUAGUACACGAGCAGGCUGUCAUCACAAAAAUAAAACAGUAUUUUUCUGAUAAAGUAUUCAAUUAUGCAAUAGUUGUAUUUACUCAUGGUGACCAGCUCCUUGAAGGAAACACAAUAAAGGAUUUUGUUGGCCAAAAUCAACUUGUGAGUGAUCUAGUGGAGAAGUGUGGCGGCCGCUCUCACGUCAUUGAUAAUAAAUACUGGAAGAACAACCAGCAGGAUGAAUACAGGAGCAACCAGUUCCAGGUGAAGGAGCUACUUAACACAAUAGAGAAAAUGACUGAGGCAAACCAAGGAAGCUGCUACACCAAUGAGAUGCUACAAACAGUGGAGAAGAUAAGACAACAAGAGGAGGAGGACAUUAGACGAUCAUCAGGAAACAUGUCAGAGGAAGAGAUCAGAGAGCAGGCUAGAGUCAGCACAUUUAAGAAGCUUUUGAUCAAAUGGGCAGGUAUUGCAAAAGAUACAUUGUUAAGCACAUUUACAGGGGUAGCUGCUGCAGUGGAAACAAUGGUACAUCUAAUUAGAGGAUAUAAUGUAGUAGUUGAGGAAGCAACGGCUCCUUUGACUUGUGGCACAGAAUUGUCGCUCCACAGUCACUUCACUUUUGACAACAUGGACGUGUCAAACACAAGGAGAAUUGUGAUCUUGGGUAAAACUGGAUCUGGGAAAAGCAGCCUGGCUAACACCAUAUUUGGAGAGAAACUGUUCACGAUCAGCCACACUCUCAACUCUGAAACAAGAGAAUGUCAAAGAGAAACCAAAUCUGUUAAUGGAAGAAAGCUCACUUUGAUCGACACUCCUGGUUUGUAUGACACAGAGAGAUCUGAGAAGGAGCUGAAACCUGAGAUAGUGAGGUGUAUCACAGAGUGCGCUCCUGGGCCUCAUGCUUUUCUCAUUUUACUUAAAAUGGAGAGAUUCACAGAGCAGGAGCAGGCUGUCAUCACAAAAAUAAACCAGUACUUUUCUGAUGAAGUGUUCAAUUAUGCAACAGUUGUCUUCACUCAUGGUGACCAGCUUGAUGAAGGUCAGACAAUUAAGGAUGCAGUCGGCCAGAAUAAGCCAAUGAGUGAUCUGAUGAAGAAGUGUGGCGGCCGCUGCCACGUCAUUGAUAAUAAAUACUGGAAGAACAACCAGCAGGAUGAAUACAGAAGUAACCAGUUCCAGGUGAAGGAGUUACUUAACACAAUAGACAAGAUGAUGGAGGCAAACCAAGAAAACUGGUACACCAAUGAAAUGCUACAAACAGUAGAGAACAUAAUACAACAAGAGGAGGAGAACAUUAGACGGUCAUCACGAAACAUCUCAAAGGAAGAGAUCAGAAAGCGGGCCAGAGUCAAGACAUUGAAGAAGCUUUUGAUCAAAUGGGCAGGUGUUGCAAAAGAUAAAUUGUUAAGCGCAUUUACGGGGGUAGCUGCUGCAGUGGAAGCGAUAGUACAUCAUAUUAGAGGAUAUAAUGUAGUUAGUUUGGAAGAAUAA